CCGUGAAUGAGGACGUACUGGCAACCUGUUGAUAACGGAAUAGACGAUGACCUUGAUUAACUACGCUGGAAUGCGGUGAUACAAAUAACACGACGUCAAAACGUACCCUUCGACUAAGAAGACGGAGUUCAAGGUUGCAAAUAAAACAUUCCUUUGCGCUGGAGGGAAACUUGAAAACUUAAAAAAAAAAUCGCUACAGUAAAAGUUGACAGCAAGUGUGAUUGUGAGCGUGAUCAGUGAUGACAAAAACAUUUGAAACGUAUGUAAAAGAAAUGCUUCCGCUAUCUCUAAUAGAAAAUCGCGCAAGUUGCUUCUUAAUUUGUCGGAGGACAGAGCAGGUGUAUUCUACUCAUUGUUAGGUAACAAGCCUUGCAACUCAACAUUAUUGAACAUCUUUGGUCGGGAUGUCCAUACCUAUGUGAACAUAGGCUAUAUGAAAUGGUGUCCACCUGUCUUACAAACUGGGGAGAGAUAACCUGAGAUGACCAUUCAAUUCACAAUGAAAGCGCUGAUCUUUCUGUGUAUGGGAUUUUGGACGUCUUGUAUGAGCAACGACUGUCCGGAUCUCACCAUUGACAGCUGUGUCUGCACUUCUGAGAGGUCCAAGGAGUUGAGCAGACAUCUCCGUGUGAAAGUUGUUUGUGACGAUGUGGAAUUAUUGGACACCUUACAACCCAGCUUUUUACCCAACAAAACUGUUUUCUUGAUCCUCAGCAACAACAAGAUCUCCUUGGUGAGGAACGGCUCCUUCUAUGGCCUGGCCGCUCUGGAGAAACUGGACCUGAGGAAUAAUUUGAUUAGCACACUGGAGCCCGGAGCCUUCCGUGGACUGCUGUCUCUUAGAAGACUGGAUCUGUCCAACAACAGGAUUGGCUGCCUCUCUCCUGAAAUGUUCAUAGACCUUGGCAAUCUUUCCAAGUUGUACCUUUCUGGAAAUAUUUUCUAUUCCCUGCCUGCGGGACUCUUCACCAACCUUCUGUCCCUCAGAGUCCUGAACUUCAGUACGGAGUCUCUGUUCUGCGACUGCCAGCUGGAGUGGCUGCUGCUGUGGGCCCGGGCCAAGGGCGUCCGCAUCGCCAACGACACCCUGUGCGUGUACCCCAACCACCUCCACGGCCUGGAGUUCCGCAACCUCCGAGAACAGCAGCUCCGAUGUGACGGACCCCUGGAGCUGCCCCUCUUCCAGCUGAUCCCAUCCCAGAGGCAGCUGGUGUUCCGGGGGGACAGGUUGCCCCUGCAGUGUACCGGCUCCUACCUGGAGCCCCAGGUGAGCUUGCACUGGCGCCACAACGGCCAGCCCGUCCACACCCAGGAGGAGAGGGGUGUCUACUUGGAGGACACACUGCUACACGACUGCUGCCUGCUCACCAGUGAAGUCAUCCUUUCCAACAUUGACGUUGGUGUGUCCGGCAUCUGGGAGUGCCAGUUGACCAGUUCCCGUGGCAACAAGUCCCGCCAGAUGGAGAUAGUGGUGUUGGAGACAUCAGCCCAGUACUGCCCUGUGGAGAGGGUCAUCAGCAACAAGGGAGACUUCAGGUGGCCAAAGACCUUGGCGGGAAUCCUAGCCUUUCUGCCCUGUGCCCCCCCCGCCUUUGGCUCUGCCCCCCACCCGCAGGGCGUCGUCCCUCCCCACCCCAACCAGAGGGAGAAGAAGGCCUGGCGCCGCUGUGACCGGGAGGGAAGGUGGGCCGAGGACGAUUACACCCAGUGCCCGUAUGCCAGCGAGGUGACCCGUGUGCUCCAUGAGCUCACCCAGAUGCCCAUCAACGCCACCAAUGCCCAGCCCUUAGCCCAGCAACUGGUGGCCUUCACCAGCAGGGCGGCAGACUUCACCCAUGUGAUGGACGUGAUCUUCGUCACACACCUGGUGGAGCGGCUCACGCGAUUAGUGGACCAACGCAAAGACCUGGGGGACUACAUCUCCGACAUCGCCAGUAACAUGAUGCUGGUGGAGGAGCAUGUUUUGUGGAUGGCCCAAACCGAGGCCCGAGCCUGCACGCGCAUUGUGCAGUGUGUGGAGCGCAUCGCCGACCAAGCCCUCAACACCGACACCCGGGCCAUAUCCAAGGUGUCUGCUAACAUAGCCCUGGAGGCCUUCCUUAUCAGGCCGUCUAACUUCCUGGGUCUGUCCUGCACGGCUGUCCAGCGCCCCCCCCGAGCCCCUCUCCCUCGGGGGGCGGUCCGGCACAGGGCUGGCGAGGACCCCGUCGGAGACGCCCUGCUAAACUUCAAAUGUCACACGGUCAACAGCAGCACCGGUCCCCACGCCAACCCGCUGACAAAGAACUCAGUGGCAGUCGCCUCAAUCCAUGUACCACUGGCUGGUACGCCUAUCCCCUCAGCGUUGCAAUCUGUUGAUAACUCGACUUGCAAGCUGCAGUUUAUUGUCUUUCGAAAUGGGAAACUCUUUCCUUGCACAGGGAAUUCGUCAAAUCUUGCAGAUGAUGGAAAACGUAGGAGUGUUUCAACACCAGUUGCUUUCACCAAAUUAGAUGGGUGCAGCCUCGGAAGCGCCGUGCACUCCGUUACCAUCGCUCUCAGGCACUUUGCGCUGGGUGUAGACCCCACCGCAGCCUAUUGGGAUUUUGACUUGCUAGAUGGGCACGGUGGCUGGCGGGCAGAGGGGUGCCACAUAACAGGCUCCGCGGGCAACACGACCACUAUUCAUUGCACUCAUCACAAUAACUUUGCUGUGCUAAUGGAUCUGAAGAAUGUGCUGUCUUUCCCCCCGUACCCUGGGGAGUUUCUGCACCCUGUCGUGUAUGCCUGCACGGCGGUCAUGUUGCUCUGCCUCUUCGCCUCCAUCAUCACAUACAUCGUGCAUCACAGCACCAUCCGUAUCAGCAGGAAGGGAUGGCACAUGCUCCUCAACUUCUGUUUCCACACGGCCCUGACCUUCGCAGUGUUCGCCGGGGGCAUCAAUCGAAUCAAAUACCCCAUCAUCUGUCAAGCCGUUGGCGUGGUGUUACACUACUCAUCGCUCUCCACCAUGUUGUGGCUGGGGGUGACGGCCAGGAACAUUUACAAGCAGGUGACCAAGAAGCCACCACAGACCCAGGACGGUGACCCACCAGCGCCCCCCAGACAGCCUCUGCUGAGGUUUUAUCUAGUCAGUGGCGGAGUUCCCCUCAUUAUCUGUGGGGUCACGGCAGCCACCAACAUUGAAAACUACGGCAGUGGAGAACAGGCUCCAUACUGCUGGAUGGCAUGGGAGCCAAGUCUAGGAGCUUUCUACGGCCCGGUGGCGUUCAUCGUCCUUGUAACCUGCAUCUACUUCCUGUGCACAUUCGUCCAUCUGCGGCGCCACCCGGAGAGGAAGUACGAGCUGAAGGCCCUGACGGAGGAGCAGCAGAGACUGGCGUCCGCCGACCUGGCACAGUGCCACCAGGGGGAGCCGGGCGCCCAACCCACCAGCGGGCCCUGCCCCCCGGGCUGCCCCGGCAUCAUCAACCCGUCGCUCCUGGCCAACGAGCACUCCUUCAAGGCCCAGCUACGCACAGCCGCUUUCACCCUCUUCCUCUUCCUGGCCACCUGGGCCUUCGGGGCGCUGGCCGUGUCCCAGGGCCACUUCCUGGACAUGAUCUUCAGCUGCCUGUAUGGUGCCUUCUCCGUCACGCUGGGUCUGUUCGUCCUCAUCCACCACUGUGCCAAGCGAGACGAUGUCUGGCACUGCUGGUGCUCCUGCUGCCCCGGCCGACAGGCCACCAACGGCUGCCACGGCGGCCACGCCCGCCCCAAGGUCAACGUGAACGGGGAUACGCACAGCCACGGGCACAGCCACUGCCACCUAGACUCUCCGUGCCCGGGCAAGGCCAUGAUGGGCUGUGGCCACGGCCCGCCCUCCGCUCACUGCAAGUUCAGCGGGCUGGCGUCGUCGGGGCAGAACCACGUCACCUGCCUGGCGCCCGUGACCCCCUGCUGUGCCGCCCUGCACAGCCAGCAGCUGAUGGAGGAGGAGCCGGCCCCGCACGUGCUCCUGCAUGCCGACCCCGAGGGCUACCGGCCCGGCAUCCACCUGCACCGCUGCCUCAAGGGCAGCACCAGGACUAAGGGCCGGCACUUUGGGCGCCAGCGGGCGGGGGCCAGCGGAGCAGGCUCCGGGGGGGAACGGGAGUACGCCUACCACAUCCCCUCCAGCGUGGACGGCGGCAGCGUGCACAGCUCCCACACGGACAGCCCUCACAGCACGCACGAGCGCCACGCCCACCUGUGCCACCUGGCCCACGAGGGCCACCCCGAGUGUCACCACGAAGGACACCACGCGUGCCAUGUCGUCGCCCCCGAGGCCCUGGCGUGCCACAACACCUGCCACCGGCACAUCUGCUGCGCCAAGACGGACCUGUUCCCCACCUUGUGCCAGGCGGAGGCGGGCGACACGGGCACCUUCCUGUGCGGCUGUGGCAAGAUGGCGGAGGAGGACUUGAUGGCGCCGCAUCACCACCUAGAGAUGCACCCGCGCAGACAGUCCUACCCGCAGAACCCGCCCAAUCAGAACGGGAUUCUAAAGGGCAGCCUGCAUGAGGGCUUCCUGUAUGCGUCGGACAGCACAGGGAAUAUACGCACCGGACCCUGGAGAAACGAAACUACUGUGUAGCCGCCCCACCCUUCCUUCCCUCCCCCCCCACCCCCCCC